GACAGAGAGGAGAGAUAGAAGGAUAUAGAAGGAUAUAGAGAUAGAAUGAUGAGGAUUACACUCGUUCUUCUUCUCUCUGUCCUCCUGCUGCAGCUCGGGUGCACGGAGCGACAGCCGAAGUUCACAGACGACGUGCCCAGUCAAGAUGCCGUGACUGAACAACAUGCCAAGGUUCACCUGGAACAGGUAGUAGAAGACCCACCGGUGCCUGAUCUUCCAAACACACAUCGUGAGGUACAGGUAGAUCCAGAGGAGGAUUCUGCCCAUGAAAGCAGACGCCCAUUGGAGCCGAAACCUGAAUUAAACCCUCCAGCUCCACCUCCUCGCCGUAAAGACCCGCCCCCCAAACUGCUGUCAGAGGAGUGUGUGUCUGAGAAACACACUCGCUCGUCCUGCGCUAAAGUGUUCUGCCUGCCGUGGCAGCGCUGCAUCAACGGUCAGUGUGUGUGUAAACUGCCCUAUCAGUGUCCACGGUUCGGACCCGCGGUGUGUGGACUGGACGGGAGGAGAUUCCUGUCUCUGUGCCAGGCUCAGGCCAUCGCCUGCCGAGACAAAAAACCCAUGUUCUCUCACUACUUACAGCUCGGAGAGUGUGCGGAGGACUCUUUUAAAGUGGAGUUGCGGGAGCUGAAGGGUCAGAAGGUGGUUCAGGUGAGCACAGUUAAAAAGACAUUUCUGAUCUGUGGUUCGGACUCGUGGAACAUGGCAGCCGCUAACGUCGUCUGCAGACACACCGAAAAGGACCCCAGAGGAGCGCUGGCGUUGAGGACGAGCGAGUUUAAGGACCUGGUGGAAGGGCGUGGCUUGACCAAAGUGCACAAGUGUAUGAGUGUGAGGUGUACGGGGGCGGAGCAUACCCUGGCCGAGUGUGUACUCUACAAACCUCGCCUCAUCAGUGACAACACAUCUGUUGCUACGGUAACAUGCUACACGAAACAACAAGCACAGGAAGAGUGUGACAAGUUCCGCUGUGUGAAUGAGAAGUGUGUGUCACUGGAACACGUCUGUGACGGAGUGGACGACUGCGGCGACAACAGCGAUGAAAUGUGCUGCACAGGUUGCCAAAAGGGUGCUUUCUACUGUAAAACGGGAGUGUGUCUUCCACGCUACGCCGUCGGAGAUCAGAUACGCGAUUGUUUAGGAGGCGAAGACGAACACGAAACGUCGACACAUGUCAGUGAGGUUCUUCCUAGAUCAGAUUCACAAACGGGACGGUUACUGCAAGAAGCAGUACAGAAAGUGGUGAAACCUGAAAAAGAGAUCUGGUCGAAUCCUACAGAAGAUAUUCAUAAAGCACGCAAUCACACAGAGACCCUGGAGUGUGGAAUUCCCAACUUAGACUACAUUCAUAAGACGGAGGAAGAGACACAAUACAGACGCACUAAACGCGUGGUGGGGGGCGAGGAAGCUCUGCCGACUCAGAUACAGUGGCAGGUGGCCGUGCAGGAAGACGGAAAAAUCCACUGCGGCGGCGCUUACCUGGGCGGGUGCUGGGUUCUGACCGCCGCCCACUGUGUCAGGCAGAAGCCCCAGGCGUUCCGGAUUAAAUUCUCUCUGUGGAAGAAGCUGUCUCUGCUGAGCACCACCGACAGCGUCCCUGUGAAGAACAUCAUCAUUCACCGCGAGUACAACCCGCGCACCUAUCAGAACGACAUCGCGCUCAUCCAGCUGGAGGAACUGGCCCAUCAGAAGGAGUGUCUAACCCCGAACCCGGCCGUGCGGCCCGUCUGUGUCCCCUGGUCAACGGAGCAGUUUCCUCCCGGCCACACCUGCACCAUCUCCGGCUGGGGACGCAACAAACAGGGAGACAGUGUGAACAUACUGAAGUGGGCCAACGUGAGUCUCAUCCCUUACUGCAGGUCCUACUACAAGGAACGCUUCUUCGAUGGAAUGAUGUGUGCAGGUGAUCUGGAGGGGAAUGUGGACUCGUGCCAGGGCGACUCCGGAGGCCCGUUAGUGUGUAAGGAUGCGAGCGGCGUGUCGUACGUGUGGGGAGUCGUGAGCUGGGGAGAAAAGUGCGGAGAAGCCGGCUACCCCGGAGUGUACACUAAAGUGGCUCACUACUUCGAGUGGAUUCGGCAGCACACCGGCUGGCAAGCAGUAACCAAGUACAAUCAGUGAAUUCUCGCUAAUAACGCUAAUAACGUAGAUGAAAUUGACAUGGAUUCGGUAUUUUAAAGUAAACGCCUUGUUUUCUUUAGAAUUCUUGCUACACUUACAGCAACGUUAUGUUGGUAUAAAAUUGAAACAGAUGGCCGUACGACAUGACGGCUGAUUCCUUCAAUAUUUCAUGUCAUGCUUCUCAUUAAAAGUCUUACAAACCAA